AUGACUAAGGCCGAAAUCAAGAAAGGCAUUCUCCUGGGCCGGCAUGUGUUCAUCCUUUCCGAACCCCUUUGUCCAUUCGAACUGUGGGUUGAGGAAUCCGAGGCGGAAUCUGAGAUAACCCAGCUGAACAAAUUCCUUGGAGAGAAAGUUGUGCACCGAUUUUGUUUGAUGGAUCUGGUGUCCUACGAGGAUCCCAAUUCCAGUGGUCAUUUCGGCAACAAGCACAACAACAACCACUUGAAAGUGGACGACGACGACUGUACAUACAUGCAGGAGGUGGUGAACAAGAAUGGAUUGACUCCCAUCGUUCCUGUAUCCGAUGGAAAGAAUGACGAGUCUGUGACCUUGUCGGAUCCAUACUUCCUGGUGGCUUCGAAGUUCUACAAACGUGUCAAAGGAUUGAGGACAGCAAAGCUCAUGGAGGAAUUGAAGAUGGAGAAUGACGAGGGAUGGUGUGCAGAGUGGUUUCCGGAUAUGCGUUUCAUCACCCAAGAUGCUCUAAUGAAGGCUUUGGUGGAGGACCAACCUCGGCUGCUUCGUUUCCUGGUUGCGAACACUGACACGUUUACUGAUAACCAUGACACCCGACUUUAUGCACCUGGGUACCUCGGCCAAUCUGAGCCCCUUAUUUCCAAGUACAGGUCUUUCAUGGCCGAGCUUGCUGCCCAUGGAGUACGAGUCUACCCACCAGUCAGUACUACGUGCUUCUUUCACGACAAGCCCAGACGAGACGAAUCUUUGACUCCUUUCAUGUUGCCGAACGUAUACGUGGUCUUGCCCCAGAAGACAAUCAACGACGUUCCAUGGGAAUCACUGACCUUUAUUCAGCUCGUUCAUUUUGCUGAUGAACGGAUUCUCAAUCGGCCGGCAAACGGAGAAUGGAAAACUGGGACUGGAAUUCUGAAUGGUCUGCGGAAACCAGAGAGGUUCCGUAAUGGAUAUUACAUCAAGCCUGCCGAUUCGUGUGCUGGAAACUCGGUACUGUGGGUUCGCGUUGACUUUGGUCCUGAUGGUAAUCAGAACGGAAUUGCCAUUGCGAUGGAUCUAUCGGGGGAAACCUUCACGUCUCCGAAGGCAUGGUACGAAGGACUGGCGGUGAAAAGCAAGGUCUGGUGUUUUCAGGUGGCGGAACCCUGUCUUCGUGGCAGAGAGUACCGUGUGUUUUUCCAUGUUGGACCCAAUGGACACAAUCAGUACCUAUGCCUGCUCAACACGAACUACCCUUUUCAAGAGAGCGAGGAAAAUGGUAUUGUGUCCAAACCUGGACAUAUUGGCUGGCAAUCAUUCGUUGGACUUCCGAAGGGCAACCAAAAGAACAAGCAGUUGACCUUUGCUAAGCUGCAUCAGUUGGUCAGGACAAGUCAGUAUGAAGGAACCAAACCUGCCGAGUGGAAAUUCCUGGCAAAUGAGGUUGGCAAGGGCAAUCUGUUCAAAGAUUUUCGAACUGCAAUUGAUUCGUGCGGUACAAAAGUGAUGCAUACGCAUCUCAUUUACCGUUUUGAUAUCUUUGAGACGGAUUACAGGAGUGGCGUGGAGAAGGAAACUGUGGACUCGUGGCAGCAAACCCUAUCUCCUGGCUCAUUGCCCCCUGACUAUAAAGCUCCCUACUUGGUGUUUUGGGAUUCAGGGCUUCUUCUAUUUGGUGAGGGAUCAUUCCCUUGGUUGUUCUCUGCAGGCACCAAGACUUUCUUGGUGGAAACUGACCAGAUGACUCAGGAGCUGCAAAGUGAGUUACGCGUGCCAACACAUCAGCGACUUCCUCAUUCGUGA